GCCGCAUACUGUCCUCACUGGGAUUAUAUGCUGCAGUCUGUCGCACAUUAAUCAUACAUUGAACCCUUUCGUUUUGCUGCUGACGUUACCACCACAUAGUUACGAUAACAAUAAGAAUAAUAAAAAACGAGAUAUGGCCAACUACAUCCAUGUACCCGAAGAGGCUCCAGUCGUGCCAAAAAUAGACGUGACAGUUGACGAGAGCGACUACAGAACCGGUGCGUUGAAGCUAAUGAAGGAGUUGCGGCCAAACUGGAAACCCUCCGAAGUCAAAAUGAAGUUCUUCACAGACGGCAUCACAAAUAAGCUGCUGGGCUGCUACGUGGGUACAGCGCUACAGGAUGUGGUCUUGGUUCGUAUCUAUGGCAACAAAACGGAACUUUUGAUCGACCGUGAAAACGAGGUGAAGAGUUUUCGGGUGUUGCACGCACACCGCUGCGCCCCGCGGCUCUAUUGCACUUUCAACAACGGCCUGUGCUACGAGUUCCUGCAAGGAACUGCCCUGGAGCCAGAGCACAUUCGCAGUCAACCCAUGUUCAGGCUCAUUGCCAGACAGCUCGCCAAGUAUCACGCCAUCCAUGCUCACAAUGGCUGGGUGCCCCAGUCAGACCUGUGGCUGAAGAUGGGCAAGUACUUCUCCCUUAUCCCAAAGUACUUCACGGACCCUGAGCAGAAUGCAAGGUUGAACACGGAGGUGCCCAGCCCGCCAUGCCUUCGAGAAGAACUCGUGUGGCUCCAGCAGAGCUUGUCAGUGCUGGGCUCCCCCGUGGUCCUGUGCCACAACGACCUGCUGUGCAAAAACAUCAUCUAUAACCAGCAGGCAGGGAACGUAAAGUUCAUCGACUACGAGUACGCUGGCUACAAUUACCAAGCCUUCGACAUUGGGAAUCAUUUCAAUGAGUUUGCUGGUCUGAACAAAGUGGAUUAUAGUCGGUACCCACAGCGGCCCUUUCAGCUGCAGUGGCUCCGCUCGUACCUGGAAUCCUACAAGGAGCACAAAGGCCUGAGCACUGAGGUGACGGACAGAGAAGUGGAGGUCCUUUACGUGCAAGUCAACCGGUUUGCCCUGGCAUCACAUUUCUUCUGGGCUCUCUGGGCUCUGAUUCAGGCCAAAUUCUCCACCAUUGACUUUGACUUUUUAGAGUAUGCGUUGCUGCGUUUCAACCAGUACUUCAAGAUGAAGCCAGAGGUGACGAUGUUGAGCCUACCAGAAUAGAAGCCCCCCCCCACACGCACACACUCUUCCUGCUGCUCUUUCUAGCCUCCACCCUGCUCUGUGCCUCUCUUAUUACAAGCAUAGAGCGCCCUCUAUGGGUGUAUGUUGGGAAAUGUUAUUCAGUCAGUGCCUGCUACAGUAGGUCAUCUCCGCUUGUCCUCAUGGCAACAGACCACUACUUAAUCCAGAAGCUCAUGUAAUGCAUCGUGAGUACUGAUUGACUUAACGACCCGCUCUAAUGUGAAGCAUUGUAAAUAUACAUUUAAAAGGAAUCUGCGGAGCGCACAGAGAGGUGAGCCAAACACUAAUGUGAUUGCUCGGAGGCGCUACUAAUCACUCCCACAGCAACCCCCUGAGAGGCAAGCAAGCUAACAGCCACACAAAGAAAGACGAGGAAGACGAGUCUCAACAUGCGCUUGGUGGCCUUUGUUUUGAGCCCUUAUUUUUGGCCAGCAUAUACCGUGCAUGGCUUACGUACCAGAAUAGCCAUGCAGUCAUUGUUUCAGGUGAGGGUCAGAACGUCUCACUGUAGUUUUUUUUUUUGCAUUCCAUGUCCAUCAUGCUGCUUCUAGUUUGUUUGAAACGGUAGCUCAUGUGGCAAAGCCGGCAGCAUCGGGAUCAUCAGCCGGAAGCCAUGACGCCAUCCUAGACUAGACCAAAACGGUGUCACUGACACUUGUAGAUUUGUCAUUUUGAAGUGCACAUUGUAAAUGUAAGUGCAUGUUUAGAAAGUGCGACAUCAGCUGCAAAAGUGCUGCUCAGGAAGAAAACCGUCUAAAAAGGAAAAAAAGGCUGCUAUUUGAGACGGACCAAUAAACACAAAGCAAUUAAUAAGAGGCCUUUGGAAGAUUUGGUGACUUAACAAACCCAAACCAAACUUGUAAAUAAUGCGCACCAACGUGUCGUGCAAAGUGUAAAGACAGCAGUCAAUGAGGGCUACUCACAAAUAGAUUUUUAUUAUUUUAAGAGUUUGCUGGAUGCAAUAACAGUUUGAGCUUUUAACAAUAAGCAGAGCUUCCUGUGCAAUUGAAACGUGCAAAAUGCAACCACACUUUAGACUAGAGACCAGAAGACUGGAUGUCCGCAUUGUACAGUUUAUCUUCCAUAGCAAAGAACUAGAUGGCGAGCUGUUUGUUUGCCAGUGUGCUCUUAUUUUCUACUUCUCCUGAUUUUGAGGUAAUGUUACUAUUUUCUAGCGUUGUUCCAUAUUUCAUGCCAGUGAAUUCAUUUGGAAGCAGCAUAUGUAAUGCACAGAAGUGUACGCGGUUUGGGGGAACACGUUGAACGGUUCUUACUGAUGCUCGGACUGUUUACAUAGCAUUUGUCACAUGUGACUGCCUCAUAAUCAUCACAUAAUUUCCGCUGUCACUACCAGGCUCUCGACAUUUCAUUUUCAACUGCAUUCAUGUUUUGCUUUUUAGUUUGGUCAUUUUUUUUAUGUUUCCUGUGGCCACUGUAGUAUAAUGUUUAUAAUGUACAGUAAACAAAUGCAAUAUCUUUUUGCUGUUUGAAUUUUUCUUUAAAAAAAAAAGUUGUAAUAAAAUGAAUAGCAAAUAAAAUCUGACUUUAAAUACUGUAAACAAGCUUGAGAAAAUAAAAUGUAUUUACUCUUA